GCAUAAGUUCUAUCACAAACACAAGUAAUUACUUUGUCAUACUAGCAAAGAAACUGUCUUCAAGAGUUUACAUUAUAUCUAUCAAUCUCUGCACACUGCUGUGCGAGGUCCUGAUGCCUCACCUUUGGAAGUUCAAAUUAGAACACAGAGAAUGCAUGAUUAUGCUGAACAUGGGCUUGCUGCUCAUUGGCUUUAUAAAGAAGCUGGAAAUGAAUUGCCUUCAGUUAGCCUCUUGGAUGACUCUGAAUUAGAGGCAUCAUCCUAUCUCUCCAAAGAUAAUGACUAUCAAAAUUCAUCUGACUAUGGUUCAUUUCAUAAGUAUAGUUCCCUAAAAUUUGGUCAUCCAGUCCUUAGAGUGGAGGAAAGUCACUUACUUGCAGCAGUUAUUAUCAGAGUAGAUAAAGGUGGGAGUGAGUUGCUUGUUGCUGUGAGUUUUGCACUGGAGGCUUCUGAAGCAGUAGCUGACAGAAGAUCUACUUUCAAAAUUAAGAGAUGGGAAGCUUAUGCAAAACUAUACAAAAAGGUUUCAGAUGAGUGGUGGUGUGAACCAGGACAUGGGGAUUGGUGUACUUGCCUAGAGAAGUAUAAGCUUUGUCGAGAUGGUAUAUACCAUAAGCUAAGGCCUUAUCCAAAACUAACUGCUAGUGUAAACACCUCCCUUAGAGUCUUCCUUGAACCUGCUGAAAGCUAGUCCGAGGCUUAAAAAUUGCAAUGGAAGGUUUUAUAAAGCAUUUCAUGAUAU